CGGGUGGUGGGUCACCAAAGGCUGACCUUACCCCAGCAGAGGACAUGGCCUUGGAGCUAAAUAAAGGCAGGCCCGUCUUAGAGGGGAUCCCUGGGGGGAAAGAGACGAGCAUAGGUUCCUCCCUAGAUGCCACCCGCUUCAUUCAAGUGUCUGGCAGCACUGUGUUCCUGUUAGAGCCACCAGCACAAGCACCAGACGAUGCUGAUCCAGGUGAAAGCCCCAGUGCAGCAGCAACAGCACAUGAUGGAGACGAUGAUGAGGAGGAGACCAUCUCUGUGGAUUCCAGAAGGCAUGAGGACCCAGAUGCUAUACAGUGGGGAAAACCAGUCUGGCAACAUAAGCUCACAAGCUAUCAGAAAGUUGUAUGGCAACCACCUCCGGCGCCAAAUAGAACUGGCAGACAUAGACAUUCAGUACAAGAAGAAAAAGAUAGAAAAUCUUGCACUGGAGUCCGAAAUAAAAAAGAGGACAAUUAGGAAACUGGACCUUGAAAUAAAAAAACUUGAGAGGGAGCUCCAAGAAGAUGACACAGCUCAAAAUAAAAAUUAGGUAUAUUCUCGUAAAGUCAAGUGAGCCAUGACAUAUGAGCUCUUAUUGUGAGCACACAGGACGGUGGCAUCUUUCUAAGCACCAGGUGUGGCCACUAGCCUAUAUGAAGGCCCAAAAUUGUGUGUUCCUUUCUGCUCUGACAAUGGCAUGCCCAUUCUUGCGAGAUGUGGUGGAUGAAGAAGCACUUUUGCUGAGGAUAGCCUUCAGGCGAGAAAGGGUCUUCAGGGACCGGUUGGACCCACUGGCCUUCCCUGAUGACCAUCUAUAUGAAAGAUACAGGUUUUCUGCAGAUGGCAUCAGGUAUCUAUCCAGACUACUGGGUCCCAGGAUUAAGCACCGCACUGCACGGAGCCAUGCACUGAGUGUGGAGCAAAUGGUUUGUGUGGCCUUGCGCUUUUUUGCUAGUGGAGCAUUCCUGUACUCAGUGGGGGAUGCAGAACAGCUGAACAAGGCCACAAUUUGCCGCACAAUAAGGAGUGUGUGUCUGGCUAUCAAAGCAUUAGCAGAUGUCUUCAUCUCCUUCCCUGGCCACAGAAGACUCUGUGACAUGAAAGAGGAGUUCUAUAGGAUUGCAGGUUUCCCCAAUGUCAUUGGUGCAGUGGACUGCACACACAUAAGGAUAAAAGCCCCCUCAGGUGCCCAUGAGGCCGAUUUUGUGAAUAGGAAAUCCUUUCACAGCAUUAAUGUUCAGAUGGUCUGCAAUGCUGACUGUGUGAUCAGCAAUGUUGUGGCAAAAUGGCCUGGCUCAGUCCAUGACUCCAGAAUCUUUCGGGCCUCUGAAAUCUAUCAGUGCCUAUCACAAGGUGAAUUCUCUGGUGUGUUGCUGGGAGACAGGGGGUAUGGCUGCCAGACUUUUCUCCUGACACCUUUCACAGACCCCCAGGAAGCACAUCAGGCCUACAACCAUGCCCAUGCCAGGACCAGGGCCAGAGUUGAAAUGACCUUUGGCCUCCUGAAGGCACGCUUUCACUGCCUUCACAAAUUAAGGGUCAACCCUGUUAGGGCAUGUGAUAUUACUGUGGCUUGUGCUGUCCUCCACAAUGUGGCCUGCCUGAGGAAGGAGAGGGCCCCCAGAGUGCCACCAGCCAUGGACUGGGACAAUCCGGCAAUCUUCCCUGAUGACGACAGUGGUCGGCUGCUGAGGGACCAAUAUGUGUUGAAUUAUUUUAGUUAGUAUGUGUGCUUUCAAUUUAGGUAAAAAAUGUCCUGCUGUGGCAGAGGAAAUAGGGUUUUUUUGGGUUGGUUUUUUUACGAAUUUGGCCUCUUAUGAUGUUUGUGCGGUAUACUGUGUGUAAUACAAGGCUGCAGGGAGGCUACUGCAUCCAUUCAUUUGUCUGUUCAGCUGAUGUGUAUGGAUUUGUCCUGCAUUUAUUUUAGUGUGCAGACAUGCAGGGUGUGUUAUAUACAGACCUUUGAAUGUGUAUGUAUCAUUUUGUAUAAUAUGCUUUGAUUCUGUGCUUUCCAUCUUGUAGAGUCACUGUGACUUCAGUUUCGAAAGGAGCUGAUAGUUUACCUGCUUUGUUUUGUCCUUAUUCAAUAAAGGAACAUAAUGUUA